AAAUACACGCCUCCAGGAUAAAAAGUCCACACAAGUGUUGGCGAGGAGCAGACGACGCCAGCGGACUUAAAGAAGCCCUUUUCUGUCACUUAAGUGCUUCUUUUGGUCGUUUAAACGUCAAGUUGUUUGGACGCUUUUGAGAAGAAAAGGAAAGCGAAGUCGAAACCCAACCUUAACUCUUCGCCACCUAAUUAGCCGAAUUGACAGCAGGUGUGAUUCAUUAGUAUUUCCUCGGACUAAUCAGAUCAGAGUUUGUGCCCUGCCGAAAUAUGACUGAGGUGAUGAUCAACAGCACCCCCAUGGACGACAUGAGGCUCAGUCCCACCAAGGACAGACUCUCCUUCCAGAUAUUCCCCGACCCUUCCGACUUUGAGCGAUGCUGCAAGCUCAAAGAUCGCCUGCCGUCCAUCGUGGUAGAGCCCACGGAGGGCGAGGUGGAGAGCGGCGAGCUUCGCUGGCCCCCGGAGGAGUUCCUGGUCAGCGAUGAGGAUGACGAGAACGGCAUCAUCCCAAAUGGACAGGCGACGCCUACCUCCCAGCGCUAGUUCCCUGGUGGCGACUCUGUCCCUCUUUCACGCACUGGUCACGCUGCACCUUAAACGUCCAGCAGAUGUAACAUGGCAGCCAUCAAAGAGAGGCAAUACACACUUUUUCACAACAAAGAGACUGCCGCCCCUUCUCAACACACACUUGGACGGCUCUUACACCGACUGCGGCGUGUUCUCCCCCAAAGAUGGGCCCCUGAAAACUGAACUUACCCACAGUUCCCGUGUUCACUCUCCAUGAUCGGUGUUCCCAGUAUUUGCCACUGUCCAUAGAGUCGUCUCUUUUUUCCCAACGUUCCGUGAUGUGGGUGUAAAAGUGUUCUGGGGUUUUUACUUGUGGUUUUGUGGUCCUGCAUUGGGAGAGUAAGGUGAGCGAAGGAUCUUUUGUGCUAAAGUGCUAACGGUAGAGCAAGUUCAAGGAAAGAUCAUUGCAAUGGUUUGGAGAAUAAGUUCUUCAGGAUGAAGGAUGGUGAGAAAUGUUCAAGGUGUAAAUAAUUGUUCCCAGUAAACCGAAAGUGUUGUUGUUCCUGAUUGGUUGUCUCGCCUUCCUGGUCUUCCUCUUCUUUUUUUGCAAAGACAGCCAUACUUUCACUAUAUAUACACUGAAGGCUUAAACACCAGUUUAUUAUUUAGUUGUUUUUCAUGCCAUCUUUGUCAGAAAAUUCUCCUUUUCACUUCAUGUACACAAAUGACUGAGGGGGUGAAUUUAGGUUUGUGUGGCAUUCGGGCUGUGUACAGGAUGUUUGUUUUUUUUUCAUGUCCCACUUUGUUUUUUUUUUUGUAAAGCUCAGGGAGAUUAGCUGCCAUCUUUUAUUUUUAUUUUUUCUAUUUAGACCACUUUUCUCUGACCGUUACAGAGGCUGUAAAUAAACUUGGAAUUUGCUAAA